AUGGCUCACGUAAAGAAUGUUCUUGUCACCGGUGGCGCCGGUUUCAUCGGAGGCUCCGUAGUAGCCACUCUUAUUGCCCGGACCACCGCUCCAGUGAAGGAUCUAAACGUUAGCACCGUCAUUCGCUCGGAGGACCAGGCCAAAGCACUGUCGAAGCUAGGCAUCAAUGUCAUCCAAGCCGAUCUUUUCGAUGAAAAGGCCAUUCUAGAUGCAGUGCUUAACAAUGAGAUUGAUCUUAUCGUCCAUGCGGCCAGCUCGUUUGUUUUGCCUCUUGGCCUUAACCUUGUGAGAGCCCUUGGCCAGCGAGGCAAAACAACCGGCAGGAAGACGUACUUUAUCAACUCAUCAAUUACUACUCCCUUCUCCGAGGAUGGGGGUUGGCCUGAGGGAGAGGUCAAGGAUACUGACAAUUUGUACGAGACGGAGAAGCAGAUCGACGAUGGCCAUCCAGUCCGUAUCACCGACAUUGGCCUCGUAGAAGAAUCUAAGGCACAAGGUGUUGAAUUUUUCAAUGUGGCUGUUCCUGUUGUCUAUGGAAGAGGCAGCGGAGAGUGGAAAAAGCUAUCUACGAACAUCCCUGCAUUCGUUCGAAAGAGCGUCGAGAAGAAGAUCGUCUACAAGUUUGAGAAAGAUGGAAACCCCCCCGCGAUCCAUGUUGCCGACUUGGCCGAUCUGUACGUCGUGCUUGUAGAGAAGAUUCUUCAAGGACAAUCGAUCCCCAAUGGGAAGAACGGCUAUUAUUUCGGGUUUGCUCACAGACUCCCUUGGUGGAAGACCAUGGAGCGCAUUGCUGCUGGACUUCAUGCCCGAGGCCUGGUAGCAGAGCCCAAGGCGCAAGUCUGGCCAAGUUGGGAGGAGGCUGCCGCGCAACUCAAAUGGCCGGUCCAGCAUAUUCACGCCAUGGGCGCAGCUACCGGGCAACAAGUUGCCGUCAACCCAUACUUGCUGGGAUGGCAGCCCAAAUGGAACCAGAAGAGCUUCUUGGAUAGCAUCGAUGAUGAGAUUCAAGCCGCAUUGGACGAUAAGCCGCUGAAAAGUACUCUCUUUGACACUAUCUUGUGA